AUGCCCGGGCCCCCCGCCCCGCCCCCGGCUCCUUCCGGGGGCUGGAAGGAUCCGGAUGCGGGAAGGAUGCGGAUGCUGCCCCUACUGCUGCGGCGGGCGCGGGUCGUGCUGCUGCGGGCGGGUCCCGCAAGCCCAGGCAAAGCCUGUCUGUGCCACCGGGCCCGGGAUGGGCGCAGCGAGGAGGAGGAAGGGCUGUGCCAGCUGUACCCCGGGCACAUCCCCAGCAGCCCGCUGCAGAAGGCGCUGCUGGCGGCCGGCUCGGCGCUCAUGGCUCUCUAUGACCCCUACAGACACGACAUGGUGGCAGUCCUUGGGGAGACCACGGGCUGCCUUGCCCUGCCCAACCUGCGAGACAAGAUGAAGAACCACCCUGAAGGUUACCGCAUCCUCCAGGAAAGGCCUCGCAUCCGUCUCUCCACCCUGGACAUGGACAGGCUGCAGGGGCUGCCAGAGGGCUCCUUGGGCAGGGAGUAUGUCCGGUUCCUGGAGGACAACAAGGUUUCUCCCAACACCCGGAUGCCACCCAAGUUUGUUGAUGAUGAAGAGCUGGCCUACGUGAUCCAGAGAUACCGUGAAGUCCACGACCUGAUGCACACCCUCCUGGGCAUGCCAACCAACAUGCUGGGUGAGGUGGUGGUGAAGUGGUUUGAAGCCAUCCAGACAGGACUGCCCAUGUGUGUCCUGGGAGCAGCGUUCGGCCCCAUCCGUCUCAGCGCACAAAAGCUGCAGGUCCUGGCCACCGAGCUGGUCCCCUGGGCAAUCCGGAGUGGGCGCAACUCCAGCUGCUUCCUGAACAUCUACUAUGAGCAGCGCUGGGAGCAGCCCCUGCAGUCCCUGCGGGAGGAGAUGGGCAUCUUCCCUCCCCCAGCUGUUCGGGUGUGAGAGCUCAGGCUCGGGGGGGACAUGGGGGCUCCCCACUGGCAGGCAGCAGCCGUCCCCUGCCGUGCUCUGUCUCCUGCCCGCCAGCACAGCGUGGCUCUGCUACCAGCCACCACAGACCAGGGGCUGAGCUUUCUCCUGGCACCCCUCUGUUGGGGGAGGCCGAGUGGCACCUCCCUGUGCUGUGAACAAAACUUGACCCUUUUUGCUGUUUGUGAUUCAGUGGAAGGGUGGCAAGUGCUGCCGUGCCUUUGCCAGCUGGGUGUGGCAGCAGUGCUCCAGUACUGAUGCUCCAAAUGGGAUGAGGAGGGAGCAGAGCUGGUUUACAACACACUAGAACGAAUCGCUGCCUUGGCUUUCUGCAGCUCUAGAGCUGUGUAGGUAAAUCCCACCCUCUCCAGGAGGAUCAAGGCUUCAAGUCUUGGGGCCACCCUGGACUGGAGCUGAGCCGUGAUUUACAGAGCAGCCCAUGGGCAGGUUUGGUGUGUGCAGUGGUGAAAUCCCAUCUUGUACUGGUGCCUAACUGGGCUCCUCAUGGGUCAUACAGGAUCUGCCUCAAGGCCUUGGAGUCCAGGUGGUGUGACAUUGCAUGUCCACAGGAGCAGGCAGGGAAAUACCUUUGGAUAUUAUCCCAGCUGGAUUGGCUGUUUGAGAGCUGAUUGCAGGCUGCUGUGCCUCCCUGUUGUCUCUCCCCAUCAGAACCACCAAAAUCUGCGUGAUUAGACAGAUUCCUGUUUCAACAGGAAUCCUCCCCUCCUUGGGCAACAAAACGACGUGAUUGGGAAUAAGGGACUGAAUCCUGGGAGCACAGACAUGAUGGCUGCUUGCACUGUGUCUGAGAGCUGAUUGCUGUCUGGGUUAAUUAAACAGGGCUCCCAACUGCCAGCAGCUGGAGUGCAGAGCUGUUGGAUGCAAGGGCAGAGAGCUGUGAGACCGUGGGCUCCUUGUGUGUGUGGGUUUGCUGUUGAAAUUCGUUCUUGCUGAAUAAAAUCCAUGAUGGA